AUGGAGAAGGAGAAGAAUAACUCCAUACCUUUCCUGGAUGUUCUCGUUACACGUGAACCCAACAACCACCUCUCGCACCAAGUAUACCGCAAACCAACCCAUACUGAUAGGUAUCUUCACUUCAAAUCGUUCCACCACCCGUCUAUCUUACAGUCUGUUCAAAGAACAUUGGUCAAGAGGGCACACUGUAUCAGCGAUGACAACCACCUGCAACGGGAACUGGAUCACAUCAAGUCGACACUCCUGACUAUAAACGGUUAUCCUCCACACAGGAUCAAGACAAAACCAACCUCAUCUCGUCCGAAGGAGCCCACCAAAGCUACGGUUAUCUUGCCUUAUCUAGGUCCUACUUCCCACAAACUGCAACGCAUAUUCCGAGCAGCCAAAAUUGAAGUGAGACACCGGUCUUCCAACAAGUUACAUGCUGCCCUCUAUACUCACAAGGACGUCAAGCCCUCAGCGUCACGCCCUGGAGUAUACAGGAUAUCAUGCUCUUGUGGAAAGGUAUACAUUGGUGAAACUGGACGCAAUCUGACUACCAGACUCAAGGAACAUCAGAACAGCUACAACAAGGAGGAAUGGGAGAAAUCUGCGAUAGCCAAACAUGCUAACCAACUCCAACACAAGAUUCUAUGGGAGGACGCCAAGUUACUAACAUCAAUCAAGCACUGGCAUACCAGACGGGUUCGAGAGGCCAUAGAGAUCACCCAACACGACACAGUACCACAAGACAGCGGCCUACUCAUCAACAAUAUUUGGAACCCACUGCUAAACAAGACUACCAAUCAAUAG